AUUAAGGAGGGACUAGGGGGGAGGAGACAUUGUCUAUUCGUGGUCGUACAAAAAUAUCCCCAAAACUUCAUUUGGGGUCUGGGAAGUAAUAAUCUGUAAGAAAUGAGUUCAACUAACUUCUUUUAUUCAAUCUGCACCAAAACUUCAUCAUCAUACCAACAUUCUCAAUCCCAUUAUCACUUAAAACCCUCCCCAAAUUAUAGAAAGUGGGUAGAAACCCAUCAACGUAAAAAUGGCAAGAAUCCAUUUUUGGUGAAAUCUUUUGAAGUUAAUGAAGGAGUUGAUCAAUUUCUCUCUCCGACUCCUCUUCACACUAAUGACCAAGAAAAGGUGGAUGUUGAGGAAGAAAGUGUUGAAUCGAGUAUUUUUGAGGAGGAUUUUGAAGACCCAGUUGCCUUUUCUUCAAGUGAGGAGGAAGACUUUGAGGAGGAAGAUAGUCGCUUUAAGCUCAGAAACGGGAGGGAGGUUCUUGCAGAGAGAGCUUAUCUCGUCGGCGUGGAGAAAAAAGGUGUUAAAGUGGAUGGUUUUGGAAUACAAGAAUCUCUGAAAGAGUUGGCUCAACUGGUUGAUACUGCAGGGCUUCAGGUUGUUGGUUCUACUUAUCAAAAGCUUGCUGCCCCAAAUCCAAGGACAUACAUAGGCUCUGGCAAGGUUUCUGAGAUCAAAAGUGCAAUUCAUGCACUGGGUGUCGAAACAGUGAUAUUUGAUGAUGAGCUUUCACCAGGGCAAUUGCGUAAUUUAGAGAAAGUAUUUGGUAAAGAUGUUAGAGUUUGUGACAGGACAGCUCUCAUUCUGGAUAUUUUCAACCAGAGAGCAGCAACACAUGAAGCUGCUUUACAGGUUGCACUCGCACAAAUGGAAUAUCAGUUACCACGAUUGACAAGAAUGUGGAGUCAUUUGGAGCGGCAAGCAGGAGGACAGGUGAAAGGUAUGGGUGAGAAACAAAUUGAAGUGGACAAGCGUAUUCUACGAGAUCAAAUCGCUGCUCUAAAAAAAGAGUUGGAAUCAGUUCGUCGUCACCGAAAGCUGUAUCGAAGUCGCCGUGUCUCAGUGCCAAUUCCAGUUGUAUCUUUAGUGGGAUAUACAAAUGCUGGAAAGAGUACAUUGUUAAACCAACUGACUGGAGCUAAUGUGCUUGCUGAGGAUCGAUUGUUUGCUACACUUGAUCCAACAACCAGAAGGGUGCAGAUGAAGAAUGGAAAGGAGUUUCUAUUAACUGAUACGGUGGGAUUCAUUCAAAAGUUGCCAACGAUGCUGGUAGCUGCCUUCAGAGCCACUCUGGAGGAAAUAUCUGAAUCAUCGCUCGUAGUACAUGUGGUGGACAUUAGUCAUCCUUUGGCCAAGCAGCAAAUAGACGCAGUCGAUAAAGUUCUUUCAGAAUUGGAUGUAGUAUCAGUACCUAUAUUAAUGGUUUGGAACAAGGUUGAUAAGGUGAGUGAGCCAGAGAAUAUUAUGUCAGAAGCAAGAGCCCGAGGAAAUGUUGUAUGUUUAUCUGCUUUGAAUGGCGAUGGAUUGGAUAACUUCUGCAAUGCCAUUCAGGAAAAAUUGAAGGAUUCAAUGGUGUGGAUUGAGGCACUGGUUCCAUUUGACAAAGGAGAACUUCUCAGUAGUAUCCAUCAAGUUGGAAUGGUAGAAAGAACUGAUUAUACUGAGAAUGGGACGUUGGUGAAGGCCUAUGUACCACUUCGCCUAGCAAGACUCCUUACACCGAUGAGGCAGUUGUGUGUAUCACAGUAGAUCCAUCAAUAAUCAACUAGACCCUCCUGAAUAAAAUGUCUCACCAGCAUGGCAUCCAACCCAAGAUCCGGUCAUUAUUGAUUCUAAUUAUGUCCAGUAUCAGGUAGGAACAAUUUAAAUCUAGAAGGAGUGUCAGGUGUCAGGUGUGUUCUUCUAUCUUAGCCAAAACCAUUAAGUAUAAUCAAUCUCAAAAAUGGCCAAAGGCAUGGUUUUUUCCAGAGCAAGGAGCCAAAGAGAAGCACGCUUUGGCCGACCUAGUCACUCAUCAUCUGGUGACAGAAAACACUCGCAAAGAGAGAGUUGUUGAAUCCUAGCAAAAGGAUUCCCAACAACACCAGCAAGUUACCUAAACCGUUAACGAACUUGGCAACAAUAGGUGAAUUAUAUUAGCUAACGUUAUUGCAUCAAGAAGAGAAAGUGGCGUUCAACCAGUAGCAGCACGCAGUGAAAGGAGACUUAGUUCAAUUCCCAUGCAUCCAAAGAUUUGGUGAGGAUGGAGUAGAUGAGUCUUUGUCCCAAAGACGACAAGAACGAAACUCUUUUGGGCACUACCGGGAGAGAAAUUCUUCAGCGCCAAAAGGAGGAGUGAGAAAAAUUAAGUCGCCAACCAAUACAGGGAAUUUUGUCACUAUAGAAUUCAAUUCUUAGUUAUCAGGGGUUGUCCUCGCAAAGUGGGACCCAUCUAAGAAACUAAUUACUAUCCAACAACCUUUGAACGAGAGCCAAUUGACUCUAUGAGGCUUCCAGGAAGGAGUGGAGUCCAUAGCAUGUUGGGCAGUCUGGGAAUGCCUAGGGGAGACUAGAAACUACAAAUUAUGAGAUAGCCAGUGCCUCAUGAAGGAAAGUGGUCACAACUGGCGAGGAUGGAUCCGUAAAGGUCAUUCUUACCGGGGGCCAAGAAAUAAUAAUAAGUUUUAAGGAGCAAACAUGCUACCAAAAGAUACAUCGGACUACCAAAUGCCAUUCUUCCAGCCGCCAGGAUAUAAAUGCGUCCCCAGCAAAGAGGACGGUGAAGAAAACUCAAAUUGGUUGUGUACGGUGAGACCGAAAGCAGAGGAGAUAGAGUCAAUCGAGGAAGCAGAGAAGAUGAAAUACAUUUUAGGGUUGAAAAUCAUAUUGAAAGGCAAUGUUUUAUUAACUGGGUUUAGUCACGCUUAUUAGGAAGGAUGGUUAUUCAGAUAAAAAUCGUAUAUCAAUCAAUUCAAACCGAAUAUGAAAUAUGGAUUGGAAUUUUCAUAAACUAGUUUGGAUUUGGAUUAGGAAUUUCUAA